CACAGUAACUGGGCGUGGAUUAAGAACUCCUUAACGUUCUACUAUUCGGGUUCCGUCUGACGAUCUUGGGCAUCUUGUUAUGGCGCCUGUUAGAUUGGUGCAGGUCCUGACUCGGGAGCUCCUGGGUGCAGGAUGGAGGAGGGUGUGGUACCGAGACAUUCAUCGGGGCAGUUACCUGCUGUCAGACUUCCCACCGCCCAGGCCUGUUACCAACACCAGUUAUGUUCAUGGAACGUGUGACCUGCCCCUUAACAGCAAGACUGUGCAUCAGUGCCUGCUGGAGACCACCGAUCGGAUCCCGGACGUGGAGGCUGUUGUUUUCCCACGCAGCAACAUACGUAAAACCUUCAGCCAGCUGAUCGAUGAUGUCGAAUCCCUUGCAGCUGGGCUAGUGGCUCUCGGGCUCAAGAAAGGAGAUCGCGUUGGAAUGUGGGGCCCUAACAGCUACGAAUGGAUUUUAGUGCAGUUUGCUACUGCUCGGGCUGGCAUUAUCCUGGUCUCUGUGAACCCGGCAUAUCAGGCCAGAGAGCUGGAGUACGUUCUGAAGAAGGUUAAAUGUUCUGCACUCGUUUUCCCAUCACAAUUUAAAACCCAGAAGUAUUAUGAACUACUCUCAGAAAUUUGCCCAGAAUUAGAGACUUCACCAGCAGGAGAUCUUCAGUGCAAGAAGCUUCCAGACCUCCACUCAGUUAUUGUCCUGGAUAAGAGACACCCAGGCACCUUUCUGUUCCAGGAUGUAAUGGAGGCAGGGAACUCAAGCUCAGUACAGCAGCUGCAGGAUUUCCAGAAGAACAUUUCAUGUGACGACCCCAUCAACAUCCAGUUCACAUCUGGUACAACUGGAAGUCCCAAGGGUGCAACUCUUAGUCACCACAACAUUGUUAACAAUGCAUCCCUUGGGGGAAGGCGGAUGGGAUACAACUGGAAGAAGGGCGUAAGAACGGCACUCCCUGUGCCACUGUAUCACUGCUUGGGCUCUGUGAUUGGGGGAAUGGUUAUGGCAGUUUAUGGUACCACGCUGGUCUUCCCAUCUCCAGGUUACGAUGUUCGUGCCCUCCUUGAGGCUAUUUCCAUUGAGAAGUGCAACUGCAUGUAUGGAACCCCCACCAUGUACAUAGAUCUUCUGUCUCAGCCUGACUUUGCUGCUCACACCUCCACCCUCACUAGUGGAGUUAUUGCGGGGUCCAUUGCACCUCCAGAGAUCAUGAAAAAGAUUUUUACCGAGACAGCCAUGAAGGAGAUUGUAAUAGGAUAUGGAACUACAGAAAACAGCCCUGUCACAUUUCUGGGUUUCCCACAUGAUAACUUUAUUCGCAAGACGGAGACUGUUGGCCACAUUGUAUCCCACACUGAGGCAAAGGUGGUGGAUACUAAUACAGGCCAGAUAGUCCCACUGAAUGCCCCUGGUGAGCUGCUGAUCCGUGGCUACUGUGUCAUGUUGGAAUACUGGGGAGACCCAGAGAAGACUAAAGAAGUUAUGACCCCUGCAAACUGGUACAGAACUGGAGACAUUGCCACUAUGGACGAAUAUGGUUACUGCCGCAUUGUAGGACGUUGCAAAGAUAUGAUUAUCCGAGGGGGCGAGAAUAUUUACCCUGCUGAGGUUGAAGACUUCUUGCACACGCACCCCAGUAUCUUGGAGGCUCAGGUCAUUGGAGUGAAAGAUGAGCGCAUGGGGGAAGAGGUCUGUGCUUGCAUUCGCCUCUAUGACAACAAGACCGCUACUGCCGAUGACAUCAAGGAAUUUUGCAAGGGAAAGAUUUCCCACUUUAAGAUCCCACGUUACAUUGUGUUUGUGAAAGACUAUCCACUCACAGUUUCUGGAAAGAUCCAGAAAUACAAACUGAGAGAAAGAAUGGAACAAGAGCUGAACCUGUGAAGAAAUAAUGACUACCUUCCCUCUCUUAGUGCCUUUUCUUGUUACUCCUGAGCCUGCUUUUCACGUAUCUUUACACCUUCUCACGUCUGAACUUAUGGUUCUUCAGUUCCUUCACUCUGCACCUCUUUGUUCUUCCUACUAAGCCUGACUAAACAUGUAACAGCUCUAUCUUUCCUGCCCAAAUGUUCUGUAUUCAUUUAUCCAUGGGAUUCUCCACUUUUCUCUUCAACAUCUCCAUAGUUUCCUUCUUCCUUCCUACUUCAUUGUGUUUAUCUCAAACCUUAGGCCUUGAGUGUAAGGGCAAAGGAACACGGUGAUUCCAAGUGUUGUCACCCAUGUUUGCAGAUGAUUGAUGUACUUGGAGUAUAAGUGUUUUGUCCCCCACCUACUGCUAAUGGUUCUGGCGAUCAAACACUGUGGGGAGAGUUUUGUAAGUUUUUGUUAUGGCUUCGGUCUCUUUAAUAUUAACAUGUUCUGUUUCUGAAGGCUUUUUAUGGUCAGUAAAUUAGAACCAGAUCAUGUUGUGUUCCUGCAAACCACAUAUUAACGUAUUUUUUAAAGUUCUUUGUCCCUGGAAAGUCGUAAGCCUCCUAUAUCUUUUUUUUAUCCAUGAUACAGCUUUUAUACAUAAGCUAAAGGCAAAACUGAAUGUGUGCCCUGAUCUCUGCCAAGCGAGUUUCAAAAGGAGAAAGUAACAUCCCUAAUUCAUUCUGUGAUAUGUAUACUGGGAAACUAAUGUGUAUUCAAUUGUCCUGUCUCCCUUCCACCAUCCAAAAACGUGUUCAAGCUAUCAGUGGAGGUCUGCACCAUCAAGUUCCCCUCUAACCUGGCACGAUAUUGUGAAGCCAUUCUGUAGCUGUAGAGGUCAUGCUUAGUUUUUGCUUUUAUGUUUUUUAAUACAUGUUUUUAUGUGAAAUGCUGAAGUUGAGUGUUUAAUAUACACUUGUUCUCUGACUGAUAACAGUUGCUGCUUUUUUAAUAUUCAUAUUCCCAACUGGAUCUUUUUACAAAAAGAAAAUGAUGUCUUCCCUUUUUCUCUUCCCAAAUUUAAGCCAUAUAGAUAAGAGGGAUCUUUUACUAUACUGUAUCUCUCUCUCUCUCUCUCUCUCUCUCUCUCUCUCUCUCUCUCUCUCUCUCUCUCUCUCUCUCUCUCUCUCUCUCUCUCUCUCUCUCACUCACUCUCUACCACUCUCUACCACUCUCUCUCUCUAUAUAUAUAUCCAUCUCUAAAUAGGAAAGUUUCUUAGAAUUACAUUUUCUUCUUUACUUGAGUUGAUAUCCCCUAUCACUAUAAACAUUACUAUAAGGAUUUUGUUAAAUCAAAGGCAUGUGCUUGAUAAUAAAAGUGAUAGAAAAUA